UUGCAAAUCAAAUCAUAUCAUACCCAACGUUCGUAUGAAGUGCGGGAAGAUUUUGAAAGUAUUUUCUAGAACAUUAAAACAAAUAUCGACAUAAUCUAGACAUAAAAAAGGACGUUUUAAACAAUUAGUGUUGUGACUUAUUGAGAAUAAUACAAUAAAUACAAACAUGACUACCGAUGUUAAUUUUCAUUUUUAUUUUCUCUUUUGUUUUUCGCUAACAUGCAUUGCGACAGCUUUUAUACUUGACCAACCGAUUCCCGGAAGUGACGUCAUCAAUAAAACAGACGGAAGUUUUAACGUGCGUAACUACAGGGACUAUUACCUUCGUGCCGAAAAGGUUUUAUGGGAUUAUCUGCCAUUACAAGAAAACGUGGUAGAUUCAUACACAGAAUACUUGGAGGACACGCUAAAAAACAAAAAUAAUCGCGUAGGAAGCAAGUACCUGAAGUAUGUCUAUAAGCUGUACACGGACGGAAACUUCACACAAGAAAUCAAGUCCCCGCCAUCCUUCGGCUACGUAGGACCGCUCCUGAGAGUUGAGGUCGGGGAGGUUAUGCGCAUCCACUUCCGGAAUGACGUCGAUAUGCCGGUGUCCGUCCAUCCGCAUGGCGUUAAAUACACAAAGAUCAACGAAGGCGCGCAAUAUAUGGAUGGAACAAAUGGGGCCUCCAAAUCGGACGACGGAGUCCCGCAAGGUACGGACUACUUGUACACGUGGGAGCUGACGUCAGACUUCUCACCACGUGACGACGAUCCGAGUUGCAUUCCCUUCGCCUACCAUUCUCACGUUGAUCCGGAAAAAGAAGUGAACUCCGGGCUGGUUGGACUACUCCUUGUCUGCAAGCAGGGCACACUUCGCGCCGACGGAACCCGUUCCGACGUUGACAGCGAACAGGUUUUGUACUUUGACUCAAUUGACGAGGGCGCCACCUGGCUGACAGACGAGAAUCUCAAGCGCUGUGGGGACCCGGAUGAAUGCAAGCGCCUGUAUGAGUCUGGGGAUCCGGACUUCGAGGAAAGCCUGAAGAAAGAUUCUAUAAAUGGUUACAUGUACGCUAACCUACCAAACCUGACGGUGUGUGCAGGUGAUCGGGUGGCGUGGUACAUCUUUUCACUCAGUGCCGAGAUUCACACCGUUAACAUAGAUGGACAGACGUUUCUAUCAAACAGACACAGGUCAACCGCGAUCGGUAUUUGGCCAGCGACGUUUCGAGAAACGGAAAUGGUGGCGCAGAAUCCGGGCACGUGGCUCGUGCAGUGUAUGAACUCGGAACACAACACUAACGGCAUGAAGGUCUACCUGACGGUACGUGACUGUGGGGGCGUGGCGCCGGAACAGCUGAGCGGCCGGUAUCGCACCCACUUCCUGUCUGCGGAGAUGGACGAUUGGAAUUACGCCCCAUCUGGCCGGAACUUGUUUGACGGCCAAGAUCUAGAUACUCCUAAGACAGAAUCUGAAAUAUAUUUUGCUAAUACGUAUGAAGGAAGGCCUAUGAUUGGUGGAACAUACCGGAAGUCACGUUUCUUUGAGUACACGUCAUUUGGCUACAACGUGCGCAUGAAUCGUACGUCACGCGAGGCACAUCUAGGCCUGCUUGGACCAGUGAUUAGAGCGGAAGUAGGGGAUACAAUCAACGUGGUACUUUCAAACAAGACACCGUGGCCUGUAUCAUUGGUAAUUCAGGGCGUUAGCGUCGCAUAUGCACAGAGAGGAAUGUUUUCGAAAGACACUGGUGCCGGUAGACAAACCGCCGGCCAUUUUGUACAGCCCGGGACUUUGGGGUCAUAUAAGUUUAAUGUCCCCUGGGGGGUCGGGCCGGGGGAUGACGACCCUGCCUGUCUCACCUACAUGUACUAUUCGGGCGUCAACUUAGAGAGGGACAUCAACUCGGGGCUCGUGGGACCGCUCCUCAUCUGCCGCCCAGGGGCUCUGGACGCACAAACGGGAAAACAGAAGUACAUUGACCGUGAGAUGUUUCUGUAUUUCGCGAGUAUUGACGAGAACCUUUCCUGGCACAUUGAUCACAACGUGGCCACUUACGCUAGCGGCAGCGCAAAUAGGGACGAUGACGAUUUCACCGAGUCCAACUUUAUGCGAGCGGUGAACGGUCGUGCCUACGGUAAUCUGGAGGGACUUGACGUUUGUCGCGAUGAAAACGUUGCUUGGCACGUGCUCAGCUUCGGCCAGGGGGAAGGCAACCACGUCGUGACCUUUAACGGAAACAAUGUCGUAAUAGACGGCAUGUUCCGUGAUUCUCACGUCAUCAUUUCCGGCCAGACGUUCAGCGCACUAAUGAAACCGGACAAUGUUGGAAACUGGUCUUUAUUUUGCCACAACACUUAUCAUUACGACGCGGGUAUGACAGCCUUGUACCAUGUGGACACAUGUGGCGCUUCCAACCAGCCGUUCUAUCCGACGACCGGAAACGUCCGACGUUACUACAUCGCAGCCGUCGAGCGGAAAUGGAACUACGCCCCAAACACGAUAAUUCCACUUGACGGAAGCAACUUUUCUCUUCCAUCUCAUGACCAGCAUAUACGAGUGCAAAAAGAGGGUAAAUUUAUCGGCAGUAUAUAUACAAAAGCCCUCUACCGAGAGUUCACAGACAGCACCUUUACACAGGAAAAGGUCCGCUCCGCUGACGAGAUUCACCUUGGAGUUUUGGGACCCUUCAUUAAAGCGGAAGUAGGCGACACAGUUGAAGUUGUGUUCAAGAAUAUGGCGUCAAGACCUUACUCUAUCCACGCGCAAGGACUACGCUACAAUAAGACAUAUGAGGGAAUGGGGUAUAAUGACGGACAGACAGACAACAGAGGCGACAGUGUCCAACCGGGAACUACUUUCAUCUACAGAUGGGAAGUUCCUACUACUUCUGGGCCUUCAAGAGAGGGACAGAAAUGUGUGAACUUUCUGUAUCACUCCGCGGUAGAUCCCGUGAAAGAUGUGUACGCCGGUCUUGCGGGACCAAUCGUUGUUUGCCGAUCUGGUAUCCUUGACAACAAUGGAAUGCGUACUGAUUCUGUCGAGAAAGAGUUCGCACUACUUUUUCUAGCAUUUGAUGAAAACAAGAGUUGGUAUUUCAACCAAAACAUUCAGGAAAACUGUCCAGGUGCAGAUACGUCGACGCCUGAAUUUGAGGAAAGUAACAAAUAUGACUCAAUAAACGCAUUGAUAUUUAACAAUGUUCAAGGAUUGAUCGCGAAUUCAGGUGACAAUAUCGCAUGGUAUGUGACUGGUCUAGGUGAAAACGAGGAUAUACACACGGUUCAUUUUCACGGGCAUACUUAUACUUACCGCACCGAUCAGAGUCAUGAAGGUGACGUCAUAGAAGUGUUUCCGGGAACGUACGAGACCGUGGAAAUGUUUGCAAGUAAUCCGGGCACCUGGCUCAUACACUGUCAUGUCGGAGAACAUAUGAAAGACGGAAUGAUUGCAACCUAUACAAUUCUUUAGAUUACAUGAUCAUAAAACCUAUUAAGUCUAGGAGUUUUAAUUCUAAUAAUAUUGUAUAGUACAUAACUGUUGGACUUGUAUAAAGGAUAAACUUUAUUACAUACAUACAUACAUACAGAUUAAAUAAAAUAUAAUCUAUUAUGAUCAAGAUUUAAAUUAUAGUUUAAUAUGCAACUCAAUAAUGAAUAUCUUCUCUAAUAUUCUGGGUUCCAAGAAAAUCUAUGCAGCAAAAAAUGUUUCCCUAUGCAGAUGUAUGUUUUUAUGUGGUUUUGAAAAAAAUAAAGUUAUUGCAUAA